AGAGAGAGAGGAGGGGGAGGAGCUUGAAAGGCCGUUGAAAUCUCUCUCUCGCCCCCCUCUCUCUCCGGGGAGAACCGCUCUGAGCUCAGCUGUCGUUGUCUUCCUUUGAAGUAAUCACGGCCCAGGCUUUCUCUUGGUUUCCCACCCGACGAUGGAACGUUUAGCCAAGUUCUGGGAUAUUGAGCCGAUAAAUCCGUGAUUUCGCCUUGGUUCCUCUUGAGUAUCUCGUAGGAAAAAGAGAUUCUUUACAAAAUCUUUGUCGUUUUUUUCUCAAAUCUGUAAUUUUCACCCAUGUCUGGUACUUUUUGCGAGUCUUUUGCGUGAGGGACCCCUCAAAAUCGCUUCUUUUGUCCAUUAUAAUGUGUUUCUCGUUUUUACUGAAAACCCCGAGAACCAUGUCUUUUUAUUCGGCUAUGAUUUUUCUUAAGGUUUUCCACUCUCCAGCUUCAUUGCAUCACAGAAUCCCUUCUGCGGUUGCCUCAGAAUCGAAUUUUUCAAGUUCUCCAGCCGGGAAAUCAGCUGAACCUUCUGGUGUGAUCUCAUGGGAGUUGCUCUUAGUUCUAUUUGAUAUCCCUUUAUCAAAUUCUUCUCCUCCACUUCGGCCAAGAAGCAUCUUAGGAUCUCAUUUGGCCAAAUUUGUUCAUCUAUUCUCAAUCACUUUCAAAAAUUUCUAUAUAGGUACCUUUUCGUGCUUUGGUUGUCUUCUUCCCAAGUAAUUAAUUCCAUGGGCAAUGGAUGGACUUGCAUGCCAAAGAAGGAGGGGAGAGGUGGCGUCGGGUCACGGAGCAAGCGAACCUCAAACUCGAGGUCACAGAGGAAGAUGGUGUCCGAAGAGGAGCUGCUGCAUCGCCAGGCACUGGCGUUGGCGAUCCAGCAGCAGCACCAGCUGUCGCAGAGGUUCGAUGGCUCGAUGUCCCGGAGGAUAGGGUCCACAAGCUCUCGGAGGCGGGACCUCCCUGAUUCAAUCACCAAUGGAAAGCAGGUCCCAAUUUCUCUUGAGAAUCUUGAAACAAAGAGAAUUAUUCUAGUCCAUGGAGAAGGAUUUGGAGCAUGGUGUUGGUACAAGACUAUUUCUCUGUUGGAGGAAGUAGGAAUGCACCCUGUUGCUCUGGAUCUCACAGGGUCUGGGAUAGACCGCACAGAUACAAACAGCAUAACGACUUUGGCAGACUACACAAAGCCAUUAAUAAAUUACUUGCAAGACCUUCCUGAGGAUGAAAAGGUUAUUUUGGUUGGCCAUAGCUGUGGAGGUGCUAGCAUAUCAUAUGCACUAGAGUGUUUCCCAAAAAAGAUCACAAAAGCAGUAUUUGUUGGUGCUACAAUGGUACUGAAUGAGCAAAGACCUUUCGAUGUGUUUGCUGAACAACUAGCGUCUGCUGAUGUUUUCUUGCAAGAGUCUCAAUUUCUAGUCUAUGGCAAUGGAAGAGACAAGCCUCCUACUGGCCUUGUGUUGGACAAGCAACAAAUUAAAGGGCUAUACUUCAACCAGAGUCCUUCCAAGGAUAUAUCUUUGGCUGCAGUGUCAAUGAGACCCAUCCCACUGGCGCCUAUCAUGGAGAAGCUGUCUCUAACUCCAGAAAACUAUGGCUCUGUCCGUCGGUAUUUCAUCCAAACACUUGAUGACCGCAUACUCUUGCCCGACAUCCAGGAGAAGCUCGUCCGGGAGAACCUGCCUCACAGGGUCUUCAAGAUCAAAGGCAGUGAUCACUGCCCUUUCUUCUCAAAGCCACAGUCUCUGAACAGAAUUUUGCUUGAAAUCGCCCAGCUCUCAUAGGUACUGCAGGUUCCAUGAGAUUACAGUAGAAUGAAAAGGCCAAUGAGUCGGAGGCGGUAUAUAAUAGGUCAGUGAAUAGAAUUAACAGAAGAAGAGAUUUAUUAAAAAUUUUGGAUGUCUGGGAGGACAAACAUCCUCGAAUUAUGUUGAUUGGAAAGGCUAAGUCUCACAGGGAUGCUUGUAAUUCUGAAAGCUGCUUCUGUCCAUCAGGUAUGGAGUGAAUCGGUCUUCGCAGAUAUCAUUCAUUUCGGCGAGACUAGGUAUCUUCCAGGCUUCAGAGACAGAGAGUGCUAUUGUCUCAUCAAGUGGUUGUACCUGGGUUGCAGGAAAGAACCAUCAACCUCGAUACUGCACCUGCCCCAAAAGCUAAUCUAUGUUCAGACAUUUCUGAGCUUUCUAAUGUUUGUAGAAGUAGCUAUCAAAUGUUCCUCUAAGAACUUUACACAUCAAAUUAUGAGAUUGAUAUAUGGGAGUUCAUAGAUGCUAAAUCUGCUUUGGUUA